GAGAAAAAUGAAUAAAUAAAUAAAAUAAACAAAAACAAGAUUGAUUCUCAGAAUUAUCUUUGAGAAUACGGACGGGUCUUCCACCGGUAGCAGGAUGCAGCGGAUGAAUUUCAUCAGGGACUUAUUCUGUUGAUAGACGUGCUACGGGAUGACAGUAAAGAAAACAACAUCAAUUCUUGGAACCGCUGUCAUUGCAUUGUAGCUCUGCUUCUUCGCCCACUUAGAGGCAGAAGAACCACGUAUACCACGUGACUCACUCACCACUUACUCCAAUUAUAUCUAAUAAUUCAUGAGUACCAAGUUUUGACGUCUUUUUCAGAAGGGUCCCCGUCAUUCAUAGUCUUUAUUUGCGAGACUUUCGCAAUGCGGCAGUAAAAUCUUAUUGUUCAAUUUACUGGAAGUCUUUUAUUUUGCGCUUCCCAGACAGUUUCGAGUCUCUUUUCCUUCUAUUGUGGCUGGCUGUCAACAUGACAGCAUCGCGUUUCGCCACAUCGAUUCUGACGUAUUUUCUAAUAGUUUGUGCAGCCGCUGCCAGGAAUAAUACAACAUCUUUUCGGAGGAUCAGUAGAGAAUAUAGUGAAAUAACGGCUGUACUAGGCUCAGAAAUCCAUAUUCCGUGCAAUGUAACAGCUUCCCUACCAGAUGAUCAAGUGACGUUGAUAUUGUGGUACAGAGGCGAUUCAGGAAAUCCAAUUUACAGUGUCGACACUCGGCCAAUUCAUGGUGGUGAAUUUCCAAAAAAAUUUGCCAAUAAGCAUUUAGAAGAACGUGCAACUUUUAAUAUAACUAGAACUCAAGCAACUUUAAGCAUAAAACCUGUUAGAGAGAAUGAUGGCGGUGAAUACCGAUGUCGAGUUGAUUUUAGAAGAUCGAGAACAAUGAAUUCUGUUAUGAAAGUAAUCAUAAUAGUACCUCCUAAGAACCUUACAAUUAGAGACAACAAAAACAACACAUUAUCUGGAGUUAUGGGUCCCUAUGAAGAAGGAGCUACUGUUAGUUUCAUUUGUGAAGCAUUUGGAGGUCGCCCGACACCAGUUUUAACAUGGUGGAAAGGAUCUACACUUCUAGAUGAUUCUUACACACCCGUCGGUAGAGGAUUAGUCAAAAAUGAGCUUUUGUUGCUGGACCUUCAAAGAGAAGAUCUACUGACAACGUUAACGUGCCAAGCAUCAAACACUAACCUUACUAUUCCCGUUUCCAGUUCAGUAACAAUUGAUUUGAGUUUAUCGCCUCAAGAAGUUCACAUUCUAACUCCCCGCAGACCUUUAUCUUCCGGCGAGGAAUUGGAAGUUGUUUGCCAUACGUUUGGAUCCAGACCUCCUGCCAAACUAUCCUGGUGGGUUGGGUCAAUGCCAUUAAAUGACCGAGCGAAAGAAACUGUUUCGGGAGAUGGAAAUUCUACUUCAAGUCGGCUGUUAUUCCGUCCAACAAGCGAAGAUCAUGGAAAAUUCUUAGUCUGUAAAGCCCAUAACCCUGAAACACCAGACAGUGCCUUAGACGAUAAAUGGGAGCUGAAUGUGCAUUUUGCUCCACAACUUUCGUUAGCUCUUGGUGCAAGCCAACAGUACGAACACAUACGAGAAGGAAGUGAUGUAUAUUUUGACUGUAAUAUUCAAGCUAAUCCUCCUGUCACAAGUGUCACGUGGACACUCCAGUCUGCUCCCUUAGAACACCAACCAUCAAUGGGAAUAAUUGUGAAAAACCACUCGCUUCUUCUGCAAAAUGUUGGAAGAAGACAUCGUGGGAAGUACCGAUGUAUGGCUGAAAAUGAAGAAGGUGAAGGCGUGAGCGACGAAGCUCUGCUAAUGAUUCAAUUCUCGCCUGUCUGCCUGAGUGGACAAAGACGAGCGUAUGCAGUAGCUAAACACGAAGAAAUCAACGUAACUUGUGAGGUUGAUGCAGAUCCUGAAGAUAUACAGUUUAGGUGGAUGUUUAAUAACACAUCUGAAAUGAUUGAUAUAGUGACAUUUACAUCACUUGCUACACGAAGCAUAGCUUCCUACAUUCCUAGGUCGAAGAUGGAUUACGGCAGCCUUAGUUGUUGGGGAAGAAAUAGUAUAGGAGUGCAAAAGCAGCCUUGCAUGUUCUCUAUUGUUCCGGCUGGCCCCCCUGACCCAAUACAAAAUUGCACAUUGAUGAGUCAAACUUCCAGUAGUUUUAUAGUGAAUUGUAUCCCAGGAAUCGAUGAUGGUGGAGUGAAACCACGGUAUAAUAUAUUAGCUGUAAAUACUCGUUUAGGAGAGGGCUAUAAAAACAUUAGUCUCUCAACUGAGAAACCUUAUUUUGCUUUGAGAGAGUUAGAAUCAGGUACGACUUACCGGUUAUUGAUGUAUUCAUCAAAUAGCAAGGGACGUAGCACAGCAAUUGAAAUGAUGGCGACUACUUUAUUUUCUGCAGAAAGAAGAACAGGAGAUGAACCAACGAUAGCCAUUAGUGCUGUAUUGGCUGUACUAAUGGGUUUAGUUGGUGCUCUUGUCGGUUUGGCGAUAUUAAUAAUUUUAAUUAUGAAAGCAAGAAGUGGAAGUGAAAACUCAGCUGAACAAGAAGAAAGUAAUGAGAAGAUGCAAACAUCAAAGUUGAAGCAUUUUGAAGAUGAUAGUCCUGAUGUAAUACCUUCAAAACCAUUUUGCACAGAUUACUCAAGUAUAGCUCCUAACCCGAAUAAUGAGAUCAUCUAUGAAAACGUUGGGCAAAAGGAACACACGUAUGCAAACAUGAUGAGCAGAGUGCAUUUUGAUCAAUAUGAUGAUAUAACAUAUGCAGAACUAGCUCUUCCAGACAGUCAGCAACCUUUUGUGAGACAUCGUUUGGAACCCCCUACGGAGUAUGCAGACAUUGAUUUUCAGAACAGCAGGGGAACUUUUCCAGCGACAACAGUCAUGGGAAAUGAAAGAGACUCCGCCCGUAGUCCACUUGUCAUAUCUACGAAAGCCGUCAGGGUGAUACCGGAGGACUGUCAACAAAAUUCUGGAGCUGUAUGACGUUGUAUUCUCUUCUUCAGAAAUAAUACUGCCUUGAUCUUGCCUUGACUUAUAGUGACAUUUAAAGGGCAAAAAGAAGUAAACAUUAAAUGAUAUCAGCAUAUUGCUGGAAAAUACCUAGUUUGUUUAAAGGUGAAAAAAGAUGAGUUACUCUAUUUCAGCCUUUAUUUCAAAUUGUACAGAAUUUUCACGUGCCUGUCUAUAACAUAUGAAUUUUCGGAGAUAUAAAGUCAAUUUUUAUCACAAAGUAUCAACUUUUAUGCACCAUUUUCUCAAUGACUAUAAACUAAAGUUGAUAUGGCUAUUUUAUGGCAAAAAUGAAUUAGUUCCUCUUUUAAACUUUUAUUUUGUUAAAAUGUAAGAAUGUUCACAUGGAGUUUUAAUGUGUAAUAGAAAAAAAGUACAUCUUAAAAUUAAUGAAAAAGUGAAUAUAAUAUUUUGGUGGUGUUUAAAAAAAUACUGCUGUUUCGUUAUUUAAUAAAUUACGUCCUUUUAAUAAGAAUCCAAGUUUUCUACAAAAAUAUUGGCUUCAUCUUAGAGAACAAAUAAAAAUUUUCACAAUAAAAACUAAAACAAAACUUAUGCAGAAACAUUAAAAUAGUAUUGAAACUUAAAACAAAAUGUUAAUCCAGUGCAUGCUUAAUAAUGGGAAAUCUCAAAAAUGUCAAUAGAUUUCAACACAAGAAAAAGCUGAUAAUUAAAAUCAUUUACAGUUAAUCAAUCAAUUAAGAUUUUAUGAGAUACAAUUUCUAAGUUAUUACUCCUGACCGUGAUUUAAAAUGUUAAGAAUUUUGUAAGCAAAUAUUUAUUUCGAUAUAAAAUUAUAUUUUAUAUCAUGUGGAAGGAAAUAUCAAGAAAUAUUUCAUUAAAUAAUUAGUUUACUGAAAUUUUGUGGACAAAUAUUAGGCUUGAUUUUUACAAUGUCAGAUGAAUUAGGUUUUAUAAGAAAUCAAACCAGUUAAUAAUUGCAAUCAUAUUUAUUAUUACACGCGCCCUUCAUUACUCGAUAUCUUUACUGCUUGAUCAUUUGUAAAAUGAUCUCUUGAUUUUUUUCAGAAUCAAAAUUAUUUUCAAAAAUUGCUUUUUGGUUACUAUCAAUCAUUACAAAUUUUAUCCAUAAAACAUAUGAUUAUUUCUGUAAUUGCUGAUCAUGAUUACUCUUAAUUUAAUACAACGGUUAUCAAAAUUAUUACGUGUAGCUACAACUUAGUAAUCCUCCCCUGCAUAUAAUAGCAUUUUUUCUAACCAUGAAUCACAAUUCCGCAUGAAUCACAUUUUUUUCUAGCUAUGAAUCACAAUUUUUUUGUUAAUGGACGACUGUAUAGUGAUAAAAUCACCUGUAUUUCAAUAACGCGAGGAAUAUUAUGACUAGUUCAUACUUAUGAACAUUAGAGUAGUGGUAAAAAGAAAAAUAUAUUUCUAUGCAGUCGUUUAUCAGUAUUAAAAAAAACAUAUUUAUAUGCGUUAUGAACAACAAUUAUAAACAAUCUUUCAUUUUCUAUAGUAAUAAAAGUUAAAUUUUUACUGUUUCAUUCAUUCAUUUAUAUACUACACACUGUUGGAAAUUUCUCGGAAGAAAUGGCUAAAUAGCAAAUUAUUUAAUUGUUAUUUUACGAUAUUCGAACAAUCAUAAAUAUGAUGGUAAUCAAACUGUUAAUUGCGAGAAAAGCCGUUUUACCGCUUUCACCUAAUACGGUUACACAACCAGACUUUAAUCGAACCAAAUGAGCUCAUCCAAUGAAGCCACUUAGUUACUUGCAAUUGAGUACAUAUUAUAGCCGAGAGGGCUAAUCUACCAAUCUCAUGACCAACAGAGCUGGGGUUCAAGUCCCAGCAAUGACACGACAAUAUGCCUUCGGUUCCCUUCGACACAGGAAGAGUUCCCAGCAUCCCGCACUCUCCAAUGACCACUGUCCAACAAAAAGCCUAGCUUCUACUCCGAAAUAAGUUUAUUUACGUCAUAAUUUUCUAUGCCCAAAUAAGUUACAGUUUUGAAACCAUGCUAGUAGUAAAGGAUUAAUAAACCGUAAGGUUUUGUAUGAAUUCCCAGUUUCAUAACCAUUCUAGUUGUAAACGGUUCAAAAACAGUGAAGGUGAAAAUGUUCUUAACCGUAACCUUUACGGUUAAUUCGAGGGACAGACUGCUGCCAGUAAUUUUACCAUAAUUUUAAAAUGAAAAUUCUAACAGUGCACUUAUAACGACAUGAUUUUGGAAUCAGCCCUUCAACAGUAAAUUUAAUGAGAAUUAUAAAUAGGUUUAAAGUUUAAUGCCUACAUUAAUUGAAAAUUUGAAUCGUUUGUGAAGUGUGUGACAGCACCCCAAGAGGAUUCUUGUUAUGAACAGUAUUAUUGUAAGUGUUAUUAAAAAGCUCUGUUGUUUAUAAAUAUAUUCCUUGAUUUGCUCAUAUUCAUUUUUGUUUUUAAGACAUGUGUGAUUAUCAGAAAGAGUGAUGUCAUAAGUAAAGUAUAUUGAGAUUUGAUGAAUUUUUUAAAAACAUUUUUAACAUUCAAUCUGAACAUUUUGUAGGGUUUUAAACAAUAUAAGAAACAUUAUCGUAAAAGGAGAUAACAUUCCCUGGUAGUUAAUUUAGAUUUUUUUUGUUAAUCACACUCUUAAAUUAAAUAAUUGAGAAAGCAACAAUUUUUUAAAUUGGAAAGCAUUUGUCUCCUUUAUUGGUUUGUUUAAAUGUCAUGCUGAAAAUUAUUUUUUUUUCAAAGUCUUUAUUAUACAAUGGAAACUAAAAUACUUUAUUUUUUAAAAGAAUGGUACUCGAAAUAUUUGGAUAUUUAUUCGAUUUGAAAUCAACAAAAACAUAUUUUUGAUAAUAGGUUGCCGAAAUUUUUUAACAAUGUAUGUGACCCUAAUUUUAAUAAUUUAUGUCAUUUUGCUAAGUAAUACCUUAUGUUUGAGAUCGUUACAUUGAUUUUUAUUUUAUUUGAAAUAAAUAAUUUGAAACAGAAAUCCUCUGACAGAAGAUUUUCGAACUAAAGAUAUUAUCUGACUGAAGAUAUAAUUAAAUAUAUUUUACACACUUUAUUCUCAAAAAUAUUUAAAUUAUAUAUAAAACUAUUAAAAGUAAAUGCUAAAAUUAAAUUGAAUUACUAAUAUGAAAAAAAAAUACCUGCUUUUGGUACAGAACCACCAUAUGUUGUUUCAUUUAGUAUGGUAUAAUUAAAAUGAUAAUGACUGAAAAAGACAUAUAUAUGAGAUAGAUUUUACUGUUAUAAUGCGACAGUAAAAUGAGGAAGCAUCUAUAUUUUAACCUAGUUCCUAACCUUGAAACAUUUGAACUUUUUGUGCUAUUUUAAUUUAAUUCUUUUUAAGCUGUAUGUACUAUUUUAUCUAAAAAUCUUGCUUUUGACAUCACUUUUUUUAAAAAUAUAUAUAUAAUGGCGUUGUAUUGUAUAUGUCGAAAUGUAUAUAAUUGUUUAAAGUUUUGACAAAUAAACAGCUUAUAAAAGAUA